AUGUCGACCUCGGCAAAUACAACUUCUGAAUCAAUCAAGGACAAGGAUGCAGGGAGAGUGUAUCACACCGAGUGCACGGGCGCUGCGCUUGUCACUGCGCGUGCGCAUGCGGAUGAGAAGGGGGUGGAGGAGAUUACGCUGUUUGGAAGCUGCUUUUGUCCGUUUGUGCAGAGGGUUUGGGUGGCGCUUGAGGUGCUUGGGAUUGGGUAUAAGGUGGAUGAAGUGGACCCGUAUAAGAAGCCAAAGGAGCUGUUGGAUGUGUCCCCGAAAGGACUCGUGCCUGCGCUUAGAUUUAAUCGGUAUCAGAACCCUCCGAGAUCGUUGAAUGAGAGCUCUGUUAUCUUGGAGUUUUUAGAAGAUCUGGCGGCUACGACGACCAAGCGCGGUAUUUUGCCGCCUGUGACUAACCCUUCUGAUUUGGAUACAGACGCGCGUGCGCUCGCGCGACUUCAAGCAGACCAUGUCAACCGCGCACUCGUGCCUGCGUUCUACCGGUACCUGCAGGCGCAGGACAGCGAGAAGCAGAUCGCGGCUGGACAAGACUUCCACAUGGCCUUGGAGGGGCUAGUGAAGCUCUUGGAGCGGGCGGAAAGGGAGGUAGUGCAGGCUACCGCGGGUGCGGCAGCGGGUGAGGGCGAGCGCAGGAUGCUUCGGCGCGGGCUGGGGCUCUGGUUAGACGAAGAGGUGGAACUGGGGUGGGUGGACGUUGUCGCGGGGCCGUGGCUGUACCGCGCGAAGAUUGUGCUGACGCAUUAUCGGGGGUUCCGGAUGCCGGAGGGAGAGAGGUUCAGUCGGUGGCUCGGCAGGCUAUUUGAGCAUCCUGCGUUCAGGGCGACGUGCAGCACUGAGCAGCUGUAUCUGGACAGCUAUGAGAGAUAUGCGUUCAACAGACCAAACACAAGCAUGGUGGCGAAUGCAAUCAACGAGGGGAGAGCAUUGCCUUGA